AUUAUAGUCUUUAAUCCACGAAUGAACUGAACCCAUGCGCGUGCACGUAGCGCGUCCCAUUUAAACCAGUUUAAUUUUGUAAUUUUUGCUCGUGCGCAACGCAACAACGAAACGUGGAAGGUAAACCCUGAGCAGACGCUGUAGCUUUCUUAUUUACUGGUCCAUAUGCGGGCAACAGGGCGGGCUACAACCGUAGUGGAUGGUACAUUGGUAGUAAAGAGUUAACCCCCAGCCCCCCCACAUUAUGAGCUACUCCACACCUCCAGGUUGAAAACGCCUCUCUCUCUAUCUCUCUCUCUCUUUUUUCCCCGGGAGAGGAAAGCACUUUUUCGGUCAGAUGGCGCGCUGCAGUCCGCCCCCGAGUCUCUCUCACCCACACACGCACAACAGCAGCAGCAGCAGCAGUAGACUCAGCCCGUCAUUAACAAUGCGAGUCUGGGAAGGACAGGAGACAGCGCAGCGCAUGCAGCCGGGGAGAGGCAAGGACUAAAAGAGGAAAAAAAGUGAGUGUCUAAACUAAGAGGAGCGAAAGAGACCUAAAAGAGCGUACUCUGUACUGGCGCUGCCCAUCUCUUCUUCGCUGGGACAAACGACUUAGCCUUGGUACCCACUACGCUUGCGAGUACACUAGGACUCAGACUGAGGGCAUCGCCCCCCACAAACUCAGUGGCAUUCCCAGCCGAAUCAUCUUUACACGGGCAGUACUUCCAGAGUGUGAUCGGGCACAUUAAGGACAAGAGGAACUCGCGGCAAGACGUAUUCCUGUUUACCGGCACCAGACCAACCCAGUCCGGAUCCCGACCGCGCGAUCGAACGCAAGAGGACCACAUCCCACUGGAUCUACCAGAAAAGGAAGUGUGACCCAUGAUGUCCCUUCCACGUACCCUUGGUGAGCUCCAACUGUACAGGGUCCUGCAACGUGCCAAUCUGCUCUCCUACUAUGACACCUUCAUUCAGCAGGGUGGGGAUGAUGUGCAGCAACUGUGUGAGGCAGGGGAAGAGGAAUUUUUGGAAAUCAUGGCCCUGGUUGGCAUGGCUACCAAACCCCUCCAUGUGCGGCGGCUGCAGAAGGCCUUGCGCGAGUGGGCCACCAAUCCAGCCCUCUUCAAUCAGCCCCUUGCAAGUGUUCCAGUUAAUAGCAUCCCUCUUUUCAAAAUUUGUGAUGCUCCGGGGCACCGCAAAUCCGUGAGCAAUGGACAUUCCUCAAGCUCACCAGGUGGUGGGGAUCAUGAGAGACCAGGUUCUGCCCUCACUCCACAGUGCAGUGGAAGUCCCAAAAGCCCAUCAUCUCAAAGCUCCCAGCCAGAUAUUCAAGGGUCAUACCGAGACAGAGUGCAACUCUCCCCUUUAGAUCUGAGGGAGCAUUCUGGGUCUUGGAUUGGACGACACACCCCAGAGCCAGAGGUCAACAGCAACCAUUGCACCAGCAGUCAGCCUGCAGAAGAUGACCAUGCUGUUACCACCCCACCACUUUCCUCCACACCUCCUGCACCUAUGUCCUAUACCUUGGGGGUUAGUGCCAGACUGGAGGCGGAGACUGUGAAGGCUGUGGCGGAGAGUGUGGAGCGGCUCAUGAAGACAGUACCCCGUACUGACCCUGGUGAGGUCAAGGCCCUGCUGAAGCUCAACAAGAAGCUGGCCAAGACAGUGGGGCACAUCUUUGAUAUGGACCACAUGGACCCAGCAAAGGAGGAAGAGAUCCGCAAGUAUAGCCUGAUCUACGGUCGGUUCGACUCCAAGAGACGAGAAGGCAAGCAACUCACCCAUCAUGAGUUGACCAUCAAUGAGGCAUCAGCACAGUUCUGCAUUCGGGACAAUGCCCUACUUCUGCGGAGGGUGGAGCUCUUCUCACUGGCACGACAGGUGGCACGGGAGUGUGCCUACACCUGUACCCUCAAGUGCUCCAGGCUAAGCACAGAUGAGGCAAACGGUUCAGCACCGAAGAAAAUCAAGCAGGAGGUGAUGGUGUCUGAGUGUAUCUCCUCCUCUCAUGACCCUGCAGAUGGACAUGUUGGAGGGGCCGAUGGAUUCAAUCCAGGCUUCCGCCAUGGAGCAGAUGAGGACAGCCUUUCUGGAGAGAGCCUUGAUGGGCACACACAAGGGCUGGGCUCGAGAUCUAGUCUUUCCUCUUCCCCUUGCCCAACUGCAGAACCCCAACUUACCUUGACUGGCCCACCAACCUGGAACCGUCACCUGAUGCAGCAGACCUUGAUGGAUGAGGGGCUUCGAUUGGCAAGGCUUGUGUCACAUGACCAUGUUGGCAAGCUGAGCCCAAACACAGUGGGGGGCAUCCUGCCAGGAGAGCUGGUGGAGAGAGGGGCCGAUGGAUGUCUUCGAUCAUCACUGCCAAGCCGACGGAGCAGUAGCUGCAGCACCAAAGAGGAGCAGGACAAUGACUGCAAAUAAAGCACAGCAGGACCUUCGACGUCCCCCUAUGCCCCUCAGUGACCCCCAUUCAUCCCUUCACUCCUCAAAUAUCUAAUCAGCAAUAACCUACUGUUCAUGUCACUGGGAGCUGCUCAUAAGUCCACCUGCUCUCCAUGCUGGCCGUGGGCUGCACUGCUGAGGGUUGCCAGGAACUGGACAUGCAGAUUCUUCUUUAGGGUACAGAGUGAGGACCUCUGUAUGACACCGCAGAGACGUUCUCCCUAAGCCCAAUUUGAAUUGGCAGUGUAGCUCAUAUGGUUGCCUUUCAUUAUGGCCUGUCUGGCAGCUUUACAUUACCGUCUGCCAGAGCAGGCUGGGCUCUGCCGGAUACAAGAUCUCUUGUGCUUUAUACACUUCUCUUUUUCUAUUUGACUAUUGAUUUUUUUUCAGUAGUUCAGUUUUCCAUUUGUUUGAAAGCUGCUGGAUAGUUUUUGACUGAGCAGUUCAGUUCAGUAGUGGUCAGAAAUAACCAACAACUCUCCUUAUGUUAGCCCCAGCAGAAGGCACUCAAACACAUUCUGCUUCUCCCUGUGUGAGGAUCCAUGGGCGUGCAAACAUCUCUGUGCCCUUGAUUGCAAUAAUGCCAGGGAGGAUCUGUUGUUUUCUAACCAGGUCAACAUUCAGACAGGGCCCAGUAUUUACUGAGGCAGAGAGCUGAGUAAAAAGCCACAUGCCUGAGCGGCAUGGUGUAGGACUGGUAGGGCAGUGCCCCCUGGGUGACCUGUUUUAGUAAAUCACAAAUAUGAUUAACUAGAACAUUAGUUUGCAUCAUGAUUUUAUUUUGUUGUACAGUAGAUUAUUUAUUUUAUUAUGUUUAAAUAAAGUUUAUUUUAUUGUUUA